AGAGAGAGAGAGCGGGAGAGAGGGAGGGAGGGACAGGGUGGAGAAAAAGGAGACUGGAGAGAGAGAAACAGUAAGUGGGGGGACGUGAGACACCAAAGGAAGUCUGAUGGAAACUAAUCCCGAGCUCACUUUGUCUUUUAUGGAUUUCUUCUGGUAAGUGAACAUUUCAAUAUGAUUUGAGUGAGUGUUCAGAGUUAUGCGGUUGGAUGUGUAAACGAUGGGGACGUUUUUGGCGUCCGCCCCGGAGUCUGAGACUCUGUGGGUUGUUGACACUCAGUUUGUGGAUGGAGCUUAAUAGCUAGGUGAGUUUUGAUGCAGUUGCCAGUUUUACCGUGAUGCAAACCUCACAUUUUGUUUGAGAUAUACACAGAUAGUAAAGCAAAUGUGAACAUGUCGUAGCAUAAACAUUAAAUGUCUUUUUUUAUUUCAUGGGACGUCUUAUAACAUGAUCUUUGUAUACGAAAUCGGACUUCCUAUAAUAUCAAAUGUCAUAUCAAACGCCCUUGUCGUUUAUUAGGUAUUCCUGGAGAUGCAGAAUGAUAUGAUGUAGAUACAGGAGGUACUGCUUCGUUUUCUGUUCUCUCAGUUCUUACUCCUGACUGUUCCUUGAAAAAUGGCUACCUCUGAUAACAUGACCGGAGAGAGUAUGAUCGUCCAACGCAUCCCACUGGUUCAUGGUAAGUCUGUGGGUUGUCACGUUUAUACCCCGGGAUCGAAACCGAGACGGCCGUGCUCUUUGAAUCUGACUCACAGUAUCUCGCUGCCUGAAAGGGAAAACCUCCCAAGCGAAGCGCUGAACGGCGACUUCCAGGGUCGCACUAGCAAGUCGGGCGCCAACGAAAGGGCAGGAAUCUCAGAUCCGGGUUCUGGAGACGCAAGAGGAUACAACUCUACAAUUCUGCGCUGUCGUAAGUUGUUUGUUCUUGAAUCAGAGGUUAAUGGGGCUGAGGAGAAUUGUGAUACAUAUGCAAACAACAUGCAUAAGUACUGUAAAGAGUACUCAUUUUGCCAAGAUGGAAAUUCAAACGGGACCAAGGAUAAGACCGUGAGAUACGCCACAAAUCCUUGGUCGCUUUGUGGCACCCAGUGCACUGAGAGUACCACUGCAUGCAACCAUAAUAUUAAAAUCGUGGAGCGUUUCUGGACAGUCAGAGAUGACAAACAAGUCCUAUCAGACUCAGGGCUGCAAGUUCGCAGGGACAAUGAAGACACCCCGAUAUUAAUGGACUGUGAGGAGCAAGACUGGGCUGAUAAAAAGGACUGUGAUGGAUAUGUUCAAAAGAAGGGAACUUUUGAGGAACAUGACUGUUAUCACUAUGUUCCUAACAUAGCCAAUGCCUUGUCAGAUUGUGAGGCUUGGAAUCAAAACCAGACCGAUUAUAUCAGUGAUUCUUCUUGCAACAGCUCUGAUGGGGUGCUAGUAAAUUUCAGUGCCAUCUAUAACAAAACCAAUAAUGCGGUACCUGCAACACCAUAUGACCUGGAUAGUCCUGCCAAGCAGUCCCAGGGAUCAGGAUCCAUGCACCAGGAUGAUGACUUCAAGCUGAUUCCGUGCUGGUCUCCUUGUGGGGUUGAUCCAAACUGUAACAUCUACCAGUCCGACUGUAAUGGUUUGUCAUCUCAGGAAAUUUCUGAUCUCACUCCCUGUCAAGGUCAGUUGACUACAUACACCAACAAUUAUUACAAGCUGGUGAACUGUGACCUCUCGACUCAGUCUGCCGCUAGUCCGGCGUGGUCGUCUUUGACAAGUUGGUCCGAAGCUCAUAGCCACGGAAGCAUGACGCCACCUACGGAAUACUUUCUCUUCGGAAAACCAGAGACGGAAGACGUCGAGGUGGCCGAAGUCGACCAAAGGGACCUCCAGGUAUUGUAGUCCUAAUACUGUGGUGGAUCUUGGUUUUCAAUCAUUUUACUUUGCUUCAAUUUGCCCCAGUUUGUGUAUAUAUUCUUCUUUCCCAGGUUGAUGAGGACGCAGAACUGAAGAGAAGCAAAAUAACCAGAAAGAUUUCAAAGGGAAUAAAUGAAAGAAAGACUCACAGCAAGACACAUCAUGACGAGUGCAAAGAUCCAGAACCCAAAAGCUAUGAACACACCAGUGCUACACGAGUAUCUCAGAGCUGGAAUAACAAACCAUGGUGUUCCUUACCAAAGCAGGAAGGCCUGCGCCAUGUGCUGAGCUGUCCAGGACAGAUAAGUAUAUCCUCACAUGUGCUGAGGCAGCAUAAAACCUCAUUUGCAGAGCUUGCCCGCUACAAGAAGAGUGAGAGAAGUCCAUCAAUGGUGAAGAACAGCAAGGAAGAUCCUACUUGCUCCUGGUUCUCCCAGAACAUUUCACCUGUUCAAAGGAAAGCUCCAUCAGGACAAAAUGUAACCUUAAUCACAAGCAAGACUGAGAAGGAAUCUGGAAGAUCUGGGAGCUCUGAAACUGCUGGCAUACCACCAAUGGGAGUUCCUGAAUCAUGCCAAGAAGUGGCGCACGACACUAAACCACAGAGACCUACCUCUCUACCCAUCCAGCCCUUUGUCCUUCAACCACCAUCAGGAAAGCAAUCCAGCAAAGCCC